AUGCUUGCAUUCACAUCACUACAGUCUGCUGCUUUGUGGCUCACUAUUGCUUCUACUGUCCAUGCGGCUACAGUCUCCCUUAAUUGGACUAUUUCUUGGAUUGACAACGUCAAUCCAGACGGAUUAUUUCCUCGCCGAGUCAUUGGUGUAAAUGGAAAAUGGCCCAUUGAUGACAUUCAUGUUACAAUUGGUGAUACGUUGGUGCUUCAUGCUACCAACCAUUUGGAUGUGCCAACCUCUCUGCAUGCUCAUGGUCUGUAUCAGAAUGGUACAAACUACUACGAUGGAGCAUUUGGCGUGACCGAGUGCGGCAUCGCACCAGGGACGACUUACACCUACAAUAUUCCAAUUCAGCAGACAGGCACGUAUUGGCUGCAUGGACACCAUCUAGGACAGUACGUUGAUGGUUUCCGUACCUCUCUUAUCUUACAUCCAACUGCUGCACAAAAGGCAGCUUCCAAAAUCAAGUACGACGAUGAGAUUGUUCUCUCGCUUUCAGAUUGGUACCAUCAAGAACACAAGCCGCUCAACGAUCAUUUCUUGUCCAUUUUUAAUCCAACUGGAAGAGAACCCAUUCCUAACUCUGGUUUGAUCAACCAUAAUGCCAACACCAUCAUCAAGGUGAAACCGGGCACUACCUACCUUUUGCGUGUUAUUACCAUGUCUGCACUAGCCAUGUUUGACUUUUUUAUCGAGGGCCAUGAACUCUCUAUUGUCGAAGUAGACGGAGAGGAUAUUGAACCUUACCCUUCUCCCAUAACUCCCAUUGCAGCUGCUCAGAGAUAUGCAUUCUUGUUCACUACUAAAAACACGACCAAUUUUAAUUUCCGUAUUCACGCCGAUAUGGACAUGUCCAUGUUUGACAAUCCUCCAAAUACGCUCAAUGGCUUUGUCAAUGCCACUCUUCAAUACAGUCCAGACGCUCCCAUGUUUGUAUCCACCGAUCCAUAUCCUGACAUGGAGCAGUUUGAUGAAAUGAAGCUGGUCCCUGCUAUUCCCAUGAGUGCUAUCCCUGCCGAUCAAUCCUACACACUCGACGUGGCAUUCGAGGUUUAUGAGGAUGGUGUGAAUCACGGCACGUUCAACAGAUCUAUUUUCCAAUUGCACAAGACACCUUCCAUGUUUACUGCCUUAUCCAUGACUCCUGAGCAAGCAGCCACCCCUUCCGCUUACGGUCCCGGUGUCGUUGCUAUGCCUCUUGGCCAUAUGAAGGGCAUCCAUGUAAUCAUAUACAAUCGUGAUCCAGGACAGCAUCCUUUCCAUUUGCACGGCCACAAAUUUCAAAUUGUUAAUCUGGUCACUGAAGCUAAUGCUGCCACUGCUAACCCUUACGUUGUUCCAGAUGGGCUGGCUAAAAAUCCACCACGUAGAGAUACCGUGGUUAUCCCACCCCAAGGUUUUGUUGUAAUUCGGUUUCUUGCUGAUAAUCCUGGCGUAUGGCUCUUCCAUUGCCACAUUGAAUGGCAUUUGGAAGCCGGCCUCGCUGCCCUGUUUAUUGAAGCACCAGAUAUCAUGCAAAAAACUAUCAAAGUGCCUCAAGCUACUACUGAUCAAUGCAAAUUGCUAAAGAACUCCAUCACUGGAAAUGCCUUUGGCCACGACGAUGUGACUUCCUUUGACGGAGCAAGAGCGUAUGGCCUUUACCCUACUGGAUUUACUCCUCGCGGCGCUGUUGCACUUGCAGCAACCAUCCUAUGUGCCAUUCUUGGCCUUUCGGUUGUUGUUUGGUACGCCAAAGCCGAACAUCCUGGACUUGCUAAAUAG